GUCUAUCGGAAAAUAACAACCCUAUCCUGAGUUCAGGGCUACUUUAAGGUAAUGGUUUCAUCUAGAGAAGCACCUUUGACCUUUAUUUGACCUGACCGUAUCUCGCGUGACGUCAUAACAUUACUUCCGGGUAACCGAAACUGAAGACAAGGAUUCAACCAGCGUCAGCUUGAUCUGUUAAAGCCGGGCUCUGGGGACAAAAUCUGUCUAGCAUAUCCAACUUCCUGUUUCACAAAUCAGUUUUUCAGAACCGGUGAAAAAUGAGUAUCUCUGAUUCCGUGGUGAGUCUAAAUGUCGGCGGCCACAUCUACACAACCGCUCGAUCCACCCUGACCCGUUUCCGAGACUCCAUGUUGGGCGCCAUGUUUGGUGGGGACUUUGACGCCUUGCGGGAUGACCAGGGGAGGUACUUCAUAGAUCGGAACGGCAGGCUGUUCCAACAUGUGCUCAACUUCCUGCGUACAAGCCAGUUGGUCCUUCCUGAAGACUUCAAGGAACUCCCUCUGCUCGAGAUGGAAGCUGACUUCUACCAGAUCCAGCCGCUCAUAGAGUCACUGCAAACCCACAAGGCUCGUUUAGAAACCGGCCCGUGCGAUGUUGUUGUUCUUAAUUUACGGUCUGGAUGCCUAUCCUUCGGCGCUAGUAGUGCGAAAGUUAAGGAUGUGGUGAACGGCUUGCAAACAUGCAGGUAUAACUGUUAUGGUGAUGACAACAUAACAGCCUUGCUCGGAAGGCUCCAGGAUACCGGUUUUACUGUGCAGAGUCAUAAUACUGUUAGAAACCAAUCCGCCCCAACACUGACAGACAAAUGGGUCUUAGUUCGGAAAACGGCCAGGGCGUCUUCUGAUAGCAAAUAAGGUCCAGUUUGAAGAUCUUAUGUUGCCUAUGUCUAUGUUAUGGUGGGUGUUAACAUUGAGUAAAAUCAUAUGAUAUCUUAUCAUGCAGAAGUUGCAAUUAUCAUACUGCAAUUAGACCAAAAGCCAAUAAUUAUAAUCCUUACAUGUGUUUGAAAACUAUGAAAUAUGAUAGACAAUUUUUUCGUUAAUUCCUAAUUACCCAUAAGUAAAAAAAACACGUUCUUUUUAUUGUC